AUGGAAGAAGAAUACAGGCCUACCAUAGCUAAGCUUGCCUUUCAUAGUGAUAAGAAGUACCAUGUGUUUCUGAGUUUCAGAGGACCAGAUGUGAGGAAGACUCUGGUGGACCAUCUCUUCCAAGCUCUCUCUGCAGCAGGACUCAAUGUCUUCAUUGACUCUCACAGAUUGAAAAAAGGCGAAAUAAUUGAGUCGAGUUUGGAAAGAGCAAUUGAAAGCAGCGCCAUACGCAUUCCUAUAUUUAGCAAAGGAUAUGCAACUUCAGCUUGGUGUCUCAAGGAGGCCGCUGCAAUGCUGAGCACCCCUGGUUUGAUAAUCCCACUCUUUUAUCAUGUGGAUCCUUUAAGCGAGUCUAGUCCAUACAACCAGUCAUUUCUCAGGCAUUAUGGCCAUUCAGAUCGAUACGCAAGAGAAGAGGUUGAUGGGUGGAAGAAUGCCCUUGUGGAGAUCUGUAAACGCUCAGGCUGGUCCAUGGAUUUAACUCAAGGGUAA